AGAGCAAUAUCUUGACUCAAAUAUUUGAUUCCACUGUACACCAUUAGAACCAUGUCUGUGUUGGAUUGUGUUGUUCUGCAGACUCCCAGCUUGGUGACUCUGCUGGGGACUGUGGUGUUUAUGCUGCUCCUCUACCUCCUAAUCUCCAGCUGCCAGGAACAGGGGAAGGAUCCUCCAGGACCCAGACCACUACCUCUGCUGGGGAACUUGCUGAUGCUGGAUCUCAAGAGGCCAUACCAGACACUCUGUGAGAUGCACAAGAAAUAUGGAUCAGUUUUCACGGUCCAUUUUGGACCCAAGAAAGUAGUGGUCCUGGCAGGAUACAAGACAGUCAAGCAGGCUCUGGUCAACCAUGCUGUGGAGUUUGGAGACAGAGACGUCCCCCCUGUGCUUCACCAUGUCAACCAAGGACACGGGAUCUUGUUUGCUAACGGAGACUCUUGGAAAGAGAUGAGGCGCUUUGCUCUCACUACCCUCAGAGACUUUGGGAUGGGCAAGAAGAUGAGUGAGGAGAAGAUCAUAGAGGAGUGUCAAUACCUCAUUCAAGAGUUUGAGAAACAUGAAGGUAAAGCAUUUGACACAACCUCUCCAGUGAGUUACGCUUCCUCCAAUAUCAUCUUAGCCAUUGUGUACAACAACAGAUUUGAUUACACCGACCCCCAACUCAUAGCCAUGGUGGAGAAAGCCAAGAGUAGAAUUAACUUAGCUGGCUCUGUAUCAAUCCAGGUGUACAACAUGUUUCCUCGGCUGGGCCCAUUGAUCAAGAAUUUAACGUUUUUUUUGAGAAACGUUGACGAUGCCAAGAGAGAGAUUUCAGACUUGAUCACGGGUCUGAAGGAGACUCUGGACCCUCAGGUGUGUCGAGGCUUUGUGGACGCCUUCCUCACCAGGAAGCAGAAGCUGGAGGAUUCAGGUAUUACAGAUUCUUACUACCACAACAAAAACCUGAUAUGUUCUGUGGGCAACCUGUUUGCUGCUGGAACUGACACCACAGGGUCUUCAUUAUGCUGGGGACUCCUUCUGAUGGCCAAGUAUUCUCAUAUACAGAACCAGGUUCAGGAGGAGAUCAGCAGGGUGAUAGGAAGUCGUCAGGUCUUGGUAGAGGACAGGAAGAACCUUCCCUACACUGAUGCUGUCAUCCAUGAGACCCAGAGACUGGCCAAUGUUGUACCCAUGUCCAUCCCUCACGUCACCAGCAGAGAUGUCAACUUCCAGGGAUACUUCAUCAAGAAGGGGACCUCUGUGAUUCCUCUACUGACGUCAGUUCUGCAGGAUGAGAGCGAAUGGGAGAGCCCCCACACCUUUAACCCCGCCCACUUCCUGGAUGACAAUGGAAAGUUUGUCAAGAGGGAUGCCUUCAUGCCCUUCUCUGCUGGUAGCAGGGUGUGUCUGGGGGAGGGUCUGGCCAGGAUGGAGCUCUUCCUCUUCUUCACCUCUCUCCUCCAACACUUUCGUUUCUCUCCUCCACCCGGGGUAACAGAGGAUGAUCUGGACCUCACUCCAGCUGUGGGCUUCACCCUCAACCCCUCACCCCACCAGCUGUGUGCUGUCAGCCGGGUCUGAGGAGAGAGUCACACAUUUCUUGUAUUUUGCUGUGUGUCAAAAGUAAUAAAAUAUUAUCUCAUGACAAGUUC